CAACUGCCUCCGCCCCGCAGCCUCGCGGGCUUGCAGUUUGACGCCUUCCUUUCACCCCAGGAGGCUGCGGUCCUGGACGCUUGAGGGAUGCAGGAUGGCAGGCCGGGAUCCCGCACCUGCCGCCUGCACCUGCCCCGCUCCUCUCCUCCCAGCAGUGGGUGGGAGGGGAGGCCUCUGGAGACAAAAAUGAUAUUGGUGUAAAGCUAUUUGUUUCCAGGCUUUUGCUAACACUUCCCUUUUCAUGGGCUAAGGCUUGUUCUGCCUUUUCCCACCCUCCCUCGUCAUCCUCCCACUUUGGCUCUUCAGAAGUGAGAAGUGUGAGUGCCCAGGAAGAGGGGCGGAGGGUGCAAAGCCAGGAAUGACCCUGCUGUUCGCACUAGGCUGCGCCUUCUUCCCGUUAUGCUUUGCCGCCCUGCGCUGGGCCCUGCAGAACCUCGCCAGUUUGCGGAUGGAGACAUCAGAGGCUGUCUUGGUGGCGUCCAAGCUGGUCUCCUCCGUCCAGGCCAUCAUGGCCUCCACUGCUGGGUAUAUCGUCUCCACCUCCUGCAGGCACAUCAUAGAUGACCAACACUGGCUGUCCUCCGCCUACACGCAGUUUGCAGUGCCCUACUUCAUCUAUGACAUCUACGCCAUGUUCCUCUGCCAUUGGCACAAGCACCAGGUCAAAGAGCAUGGCAGGGAGGCCGGGGAGGCCCGCGCGGCCGGCAGCACCUGGGCUGUGGUGCGUGGCUACCUGCACAAGGAGUUCCUCAUGGUGCUGCACCACGCCGUCAUGGUGCUGGUGUGCUUCCCACUCUCGGUGGUAUGGCGACAGGGCAAGGGAGACUUCUUUCUAGGCUGCAUGUUGAUGGCGGAGGUUAGCACCCCUUUCGUGUGCCUGGGCAAGAUCCUCAUCCAGUACAAACGACAGCACACGCUGCUGCACAAGGUCAACGGCGCCCUCAUGCUGCUCAGCUUCCUGUGCUGCCGGGUGCUGCUGUUCCCCUACUUGUACUGGGCCUACGGGCGCCACGCGGGGCUGCCGCUGCUCGCCGUGCCCUCGGCCCUGCCCGCGCACGUGAACCUGGGCGCUGCGCUGCUGCUGGCCCCCCAGCUCUACUGGUUCUUCCUCAUCUGCCGCGGGGCCUGCCGCCUCUUCCGGCCCCGGGGCUGCCCGCCGCCCUCGCCCUGCCAGACCCGCGACUGAGAGCAGCACCCUGCCCGCCCCGCGGAGCGGGGACAGAGCUCUGGGGCUGACGGGUAGGGGGUGGGAUGCGGGCAGGAGGGAAGGGACGUGGGGGGACGCCUCUGGCCCUGACAGCUCCAGGACGACAGAUGAA